CCUUGUCGACAUCAUAGGGAAGUCUACCAAUGAACAAACCAUAUUUGUGUGUUGUGUAUGUCAGUGCAUCCCGAGUUCAUCCCGGUGCAGACACCAUGUGAGCACAAUUUUUGUUCUACUUGUCUGUCUUCUUGGUUCAAGUUCAAAAAGUCCAGUCAAGUUCCAUGUCCUGUGUGUCGUCAAAUGGUCCACCUAAACCAAGUCAGCCAGUGCCCACGAGUCUUGCGGCUUCAACUAGUCAGUCUACUUGUUGCGUGUGUGAAAUGUGGUACUGUAGGUAAUCUGGAAAAGAUGGCAAACCAUUUCUGUCCAGCUAAACCCCCCAAGUAUCUUGAAUGUCACUGCCCAUCAUGCCCACCAAAGCUCGCUGACCCAGUAGAGUCACAAGCCAGUAUUGCGGCAAAGCUUCUCAAAGAUAUGGCAACACAUCGCGAGAAAGGCUCGACAAUUCAACCAGACAUAGAGGCAGCAGCCGAUGCAUGGACCUGGCUGAAGCUUUGCAACAAGGACCGGAUUGGGCAAAUUAAAACACCUGGACGGUGAUCCUCCAUGUUUUACAUAACUUCAAAAUUCAAGUGAAUCCAACCAAUGUCAUACCAAAUCAUGUAUCUCAGUCCUCAGUU